GGCUUUGGCUUAGCACCUUUGUUUUUUCCAGUUGGUCUUCCUCUCCACAAAACAUUGCAUCCUAGUUCUUUGAAAUCCCCACUGAAUUUGGAGAAAUUAUGUCUUGGCACUCAACCUAUUUUCCUGGAACACAAUGUGAUGCUGACGACACAGCCCAGUCACUCCACUUGACAAUAAAUUUGCUUGUCUCAUUUCACUUGAAUAUUCAGUGGUGAGUAAGAACGGAAGUGGAAAGCCUUACUUACCACAGUUUAUUAUAUGUUUCGUGCCCAUGAUAAUUACUUUUAUAAGGCCAUUCAUGAAUACAUUGAUCAGAUUAGGCUGAAUCACCUGGCUGGCCAAUAGCCAUCGGAAUGAUUCUCCAUGCAUGACUUGGUUGCAUUAUUACAAAACGUGGAAGAAGAGACCUGCCCAGCCAGCGCGGCAGAUGUUCAUUUGUGAUGCUGCCUUAAGGAGAUGAAGAGAUGAGAGCGAAUUGUUCCAGCAGCUCAGGCUGCACUGCUAACAGUUCGGAGGGGGAGCUGCCUGUGGGACCGGAGGUACAUGGGAACCUCGAACUUGUUUUCACAGUGGUGUCAGCCGUGAUGAUGGGCCUGCUCAUGUUCUCCCUGGGAUGCUCUGUGGAGUUCCGGAAGCUCUGGGCGCACAUCAGGAGACCCUGGGGCAUUGCCGUGGGGCUGCUCUGCCAGUUUGGCCUCAUGCCUCUCACAGCCUAUCUCCUGGCCAUCAGCUUCUCUCUGAAGCCAGCCCAGGCUAUUGCUGUUCUCAUCAUGGGGUGCUGCCCGGGGGGAACCAUCUCUAACAUUUUCACCUUCUGGGUCGAAGGAGAUAUGGAUCUCAGCAUCACUAUGACGACCUGCUCCACAGUGGCUGCGCUGGGAAUGAUGCCGCUCUGCCUGUAUCUCUACACCUCGUCCUGGAAUCUCGAGCAGACUCUCACCAUCCCGUAUCAGAACAUAGGAAUCACCCUUGUGUGCCUGACCAUCCCGGUGGCCUUCGGUAUCUACGUGAAUUACAGGUGGCCUAAGCAAUCCAAAAUCAUUCUCAAGAUUGGGGCCAUUGUUGGUGGGGUCCUCCUUUUGGUGGUCGCAGUUGCUGGUGUGGUGUUGGCAAAAGGAUCUUGGAAUUCAGACAUCACUCUUCUGACCAUCAGUUUCAUCUUUCCUUUGAUUGGCCAUGUCACGGGCUUUCUGCUGGCACUUCUUACCCACCAAUCUUGGCAGAGGUGCAGGACAAUUUCCUUAGAAACUGGAGCUCAGAAUAUUCAGAUGUGCGUCACCAUGCUCCAGCUGUCUUUCACCGCCAAGCAGUUGGUCCAGAUGCUUAGCUUCCCACUGGCCUAUGGACUCUUCCAGCUGCUGGACGGAUUUCUCAUUGUUGCAGCAUACAAGAUGUACAAGAGGAGAUUGAAGAAUGAACACAGAAAAAAGGACACAGAUUAUGCAGAAGGCUGCCAUAAAAAGAAAUCUACUUCUCUCAAAGAGACUGGUGCUUUCUUGGAGGUGAAUGAAGAAGUUGCCAUAACUCCUGGGCCAUCAGUGCCAAUGGAUUUCCACACAGCUUUUGAGUCAACCAGCCAUGUCUCUUCUUGUACCUAGUAAGGGUUGCUGGCCUGACUGGUCUCCAUCUUACUCAGUGGCCAGUAAAGACAGUGAGGAGCUGAUGCAUGCAUCUCAUUGGCAGGGCCUGUGGGAAUAUUUGAAUAGUUAUAUUUUCAUGUGGUUUGUGAAUUGUCAUAGGAUCCAUUUUUGAGAAUGUAUUUCACCUAUUUCAGGGAGUUUUUUUGGGGGGGUUUGCUCAAUAUAUUUACUGGCUGCUGUGUGUGUUCUUAUCUUCUCAUGCAGUGAAGAGUAACGCCCGUUGUUAUGCGAAGUCGUUCUGGAUUAGAUGUCACCUCCUACUGCCUAUGCUCUCAUAAAAAAAGUGGCCAUUUCUGAAAUGAUUGUUAUUUUUUAAGGGCUUGGAAAUCUUUUUGGAUUCUAGAUGUAAUAAAGUGUAGAGGGAAUUAAUAACCACUUGAGGUUAAAAUGUGAAUGCCCUGUAUUUUCACUCUCUAAUCAUAGGCACAUGUAUAGCCUUUGUUUAUAGGUUAUAUCAUUUUAAGAAACAUUGAGAUCAUUCCAUGUAUACUGUUUCAUAAGUCACUUAAUGACAUAUUAUGGAGAAUCUUGACAUGUCAGUCUUUGUUGAUCUACCUCAUUCUUUAGAACAGUGGCUUCAUAGAAGUAUUCCUUUGCAUAGAAGGACUGUAAUUUAUUUAACCAUUCCUUAUUCAUGGACAUUUAGAUAGCUUUGAACUUAUUAAUAUUAUAAUGCUGCUACAAAUACCCACACGGUUGUGCAAGUAUUUUUGGAGAAUCACUUCCUGCAACUUGAAAUGCCAGGCUAACCUCACAUUAAAUGUUGGACAGGCUGCUGUCCGAUGAUGUAUAGCAGUGCCUGAGUGGGGCUGGCUUCCCACACCUGCACCAGUCUAAGGAAUGGUCAAUUCUGAUUUGUACAAAUAUCUCAUUUAAGAUUGCAUUUAAAAAAUUAUGACUGAAGUAGAGUAUUUUUCACGUUCACUUGUCUAGUCAUGUCCUUUGCUUGCCUUUCUAUUGUAGUCUUUCCUUUUUGAUUGACACAUUGUAAUACAUUACGAAUAGUGACCCUUUGUCCUGUUUUGUCAACAUUUUACCUACUUUUAAUCUUUUAUCUUUUGUUUUUCUAUGUCUUUUGUGAUGUAGAAAUUUUGUAUUUUUUGCAUAUUCAGCUUUAUUAGUCUUUUAAAAAAUGCUUUUUGACCUUGAUAUCUGUCAAAUGUUAGAAUAUUUAUAUUUUUGUGUGGAUUAUGAAUUGUGAUAGUAUUUUUUUUGAGAAUGUAUUUGCAGGAAGUUCUGUUUCGGGUUUGCACAACAUAUUUACUCUCUGCUGUGUGUACUGUCUGGCAGUAGGUAAAACCCAUCCCCCUCUUCUUACAUUAUUAAAAAUAUUUCCCAUAUAUUUUUCUAUGACUUUUAUGAACUAAGUAUAUAAAUGUUUAUUCCAUUUUGAAUCCACGUUUUUGUAUGGUGUGUUAAGAAUCUAGUUUUUUUUUUAAGAUUUUAUUUAUUUAUUUGACAGAGACAGAGAUAGCGAGAGUAGGAACACAAGCAGCGGGAGUGGGAGAGGGAGAAGCAGGCUUCCC